AUGGCCGCUAACGUGGGGGAUGAACAUGUGGAAAAGAAAUCAAAGACACUUUUUGUGCGAAAUUUACCUUUUUCGACGACAAAUGAUAAACUUGAAUCAUUGUUUAGUGAAGUGGGACCAACCAGAUCAUGUUUUGUUGUGAAAGAGAAAGACUCUACGAAAUGUAAAGGCUUUGGUUAUGUUACAUAUUCAAUGUUUGAAGAUGCAGAGGCAGCAGUAUCAAGAAUCAUGUCCAUUGAGGGAAGAAGACUUUUUGUUUCAUAUGCAAACAAAAAGAAAAAGGAGAAGAGAAAGCCUAGAGCUAAGCGUGAAGAAAAUCAGGAGGAAGAGUCAGAUAAAGAAUGGGAUGAGGAGGAAGAAACAGUUGAUAAACCUCAAGUUAAAGACAUUAAUAUGCAAAAGACCCCUGAUCAACAUCAGAGUUGGCAGGAGCUGAAGUAUCUUAGAGCCAAAACACUAGUCAUCCAGGGCUGGUCCCAGGAGCACACACAGACUGAUGUGGAAGAUAUUUUGGCCAAACUAAAUGUGAAGAAUGUGGCCAAAGUGAAGUUCCCAGUCCCUGACCGAGACCCACCCUGUGCUUUUGUGAGGUUUAAAUCUAUCAGGGACACAAACAGAGCACUCAGAAAAAUAGAUGGAAAAGAAGGCAAAGGAUGUACACUGAAGGCCUGUCAGCUAAGUAAAGAAUCAACCCCUAGCAUUUCCAAUAAACCACAGAAAACAGUCAAGAAAGCCAGAUUAAUUAUCAGGAACCUAUCAUUUAAGUGUUCUGAAGAAAAGCUACGGGAGACAUUUGAAAAGUUUGGCGAAGUAACUGAAGUGCAAAUUCCCAAAUUAAAGAAUGGAAAGCACCAAGGUUUUGGAAUUGUACAGUUUGAGAAAACAGAAGAUGCUUCAAAGGCCCUGAAAGAGAUGAAUGCCAAACCUAUCUUAAAUCGCCCAGUAGCCGUAGAUUGGACCAUUCCAAAGGAUAAAUUUGAAGCUAAAAUGAAUAAUAUGCCAGAGAAAGAGAAUUCAAGCAAACAGGAAGUGAACAACGACAGGGGAGAUAAGCAGAGAGGUCAAGGCCAUACAACAGGAAGUAACAACAGGAAGGAAGUGGAGAGGGAUGAAGAGAGCAGCGGGGACUCAGAAGAAGAUGAUCAAAGUGAAAAUUCAGAGGACAGUGAAGAAGAAACAGAGAAGAGUAAACAAGAGGAAGAAAGCGAAGAAGACAACUACGAUGAAGAUUCAGAGGAGGAAGAGGAUUCAGAUGAAGAUGUGAAUGAUUCUGUUGAUUCUGAUGAUGAGAGUGAGACUUCAGAGGAUGAUGACGAUGAUACACCUGUAAAGAAAAAAGGAAAAUUUAACAGAAAAAGUGAUGUAGGAGAAGGAAGGACUUUGUUUAUAAGAAAUGUUCCAUUUGAGGCAGAUGAAGAUAGUUUAGAGGAAGUGUUUUCAGAGUAUGGGAAAAUUAACUAUGUUAAGAUUGUGAUGAACCACCAGACAGGCCAACCAAAGGGUAAGGGAUAGAGCCUGAAUUCAGCUGACAGAUGAAUAAUAUA